AUGGAUGACCGGCAGAUCAAGGCAGAGCCCGGUCUGCGGGACCACAGCAAUGAGGAUGCACGCGUCGCAGAGUCGAAGCCGCCCUACAAGUCCUACAAGAAGAAGUACCGGAAGAUGCGCCUUCAGUUCGACCAGAGGGUCGGAGAGGGCGAGGACCUGCACAAGAUGGAACAGAAGGCCAUGCGCACCAUCAAGCGUCUUGCCAUCGAGAAUGAUCGUUUGAUGGAGGUCCUGCUGGACAUCAACGAAUCGCCCCAGAUCCCCCCGGAACGACGGGUGGUGCUGGAUGCGGACAACGACGAUGACACCGAAGAUGAGGCAGACGCUUCAGAGAAGCCGUCCAAGUCCCUGAAGCGCCUCCUGAAGGAGGUUCCUCACCAGUCUUUCGCCGAGACAGCCGAGCGCUACCCCGAGACCCUGGAACAGCUCCAGCCCCAGGACCCAGAUCUGUACCCAACAGCCUUUCUCAGCGCCGAUGACAUCGACAACUACCUUGCCGAAGUCGACAUGCGCCUUGGUCUGAAGGCCAAACCUGCCAUCCUGCCAGCCCCGACCCCACAGAAGGCCGCGGCCAACUUUGCUCUGCGCAACCCGACCAGCGUCUACAAUUGGCUGCGCAGACAUGCGCCCAAGACAUUCCUUCAAGAUCUUGAGAAGGAAAAGGACAAGGAUAAGGACAAGGACCGUGAUCACGACGACAAGGAGGGCGGCGGCGGCCACAAACGCAAGAGCGGUGCCACACGCGGCAACAAGAGACAGUCUGCUGCGAGCCGUAGGGAGGCUGGCGAGUCUAUGGACUGGGAGGAGGAGGCCAACUACGACGACCAGCCUUUCGGCAGUGUCAGAGGCAAGAGGAAGCGUGACGAUGACGGCGGCUACCGCCCCAAGGGGGGCUCAAGUCGCCCAACGAAGAGAAGGGCGCGCAAGUCAGGCCCCGACGACCUCAAAAUUCUCAACCUCCCAACACCUACCUUGCUGCCCACCGAGAACACAGAAUUGAUUUUGACCCCAGUAUCCCCUGUUGGCUCUCGAUAUAGUUCGUCCAGCUUCACCUGCAACAAGACGUCACUGGAGACUGACGCACCUAGCCAGAAGCCCUCUCGUGAACGCACCGUUCAGCUGGCAAUUCAACCCAACUCAAAAGGCUCACCCUACAAACUCAGGAACAUCUGA